AAACUGCAAGUUGUCAACAAUGAUGAAUGUCACCAAUGGAACAAUCACAGAGGACGACGAGAACUUUGUUGUGAGCCGACUACAGAGAGAGCUCCAACACACGGGAAUCAAACAAUACAACUGCAGCAACACAUCGCAUACAACACAGAGUGAACAUUCACCAGAGAAAGCUUCCCCAUAUUCCGAGGACAAUCAAAGUCUCCCAAUUACUUAUAUCAUCGAUUGUAAAAUCCCUGGAGUUAGUUACCUCGGAACACAAAACAUGACAGAGAGAGGUUUCGCGUGUCAAGCGUGGAACAAACAGUAUCCCCAGAAACAUAACUACGGAUCCUAUCCUGGAGCCCACGAGAACUUCUGCCGUGAUUUUGAAUCUGAUGAACCAUGGUGCUUCACAACGAACAGAAAAGUAGUCUGGGAACGAUGCAUAGUGCCUUCAUGUGGCGUAAAUGCCACAGUGAAUUCUUCCUCAUGUGUCUCUGUCGAUGAACUGAAUAUACCUGAACUAAAGAACGAAAUAAGUUGUCGAUCCUACUGCAACUGGAUUAGAACAACUAUAAAUGACGCAAUAGGGAAAGGACAUCUACAAAAUGGGCGUACCUGCGGAAUUCAUGAGAAGAGCAAUUUAAUUCGUCGUAAAGAACACCUUCUUCGCAGGGGAACCUUUACACCGUGGAUGUGUUCGAUCUCAAUUUUUGACAACAAAGAAGAUGAAUGCACUAUCCCAGAACGUCAAUACUCGGACCUUCAGUGGAUCAGGGCAGCACUUAUCGUGGUUGGAAUAUAUCUCAUGUUGGUGAUUGUCAUCGUUCUCACAGUCAAAAUCCAUCGGAUGACGAAAAAGCUAGACGUCGAGAUCGUACAGUUGGAAGCACGGGCUCAGCGUGAACUGUUAGAGAUAGCUUGCAGGCUGAUGCAUCGGGAGUUACGACGUGUGUUUCGACGAAGGUUUCGACAAAGGUCGACCAGAUACCAAUCUAUUGCAGAAGAUCAUUAUGAAUUGAUACCGAUAAUGGACGAUCCAUAUGAAGCUCCUCUUCGAAGACCUGCAUCGUUAUCAGGAACGGGAUACCAAUAUGUUGCUCCAUACGAAAUAUGCAAAGAAGGUUGUUUUUGUAGGUAUUGUUUGGACCAAGCUGCUAAGGAUACCCAAAACAGCUUCUCAAAGGUAGAGGGGGCACACGGUGCGGUGAGUGGAUAUGAAAGUCUGCAAGGAAUUACCAAAGAGGAACCCCUCCUGGACGAAGCUACUUCCAAAAAGCAAACGCAGUAUUCUCUGCUCAAUAUCUCACCUUGCAUUUCUUGGAGAGAUGACGAAGGAAAAGCAUCUACCCUUAAUGACCCUUCUCAAUCCACACGACGCCGUCAUUCUAGAAGAAGAAUGCGCCGUAGAAGAAUAUCCGACAUUGACGAUCAUGAUUAUGACGGCAUUGGUGGUGGCUGGAUACCACUGCAGCAGAUAAAGCAGACAAACGAAGAAGAUGACGAGGAUGAAAAAUUCAUCUCACAAUUGUUAUCAGAUGUGAAAAGAGAACCUAUUACUGAUAUUUUCCCUGGUUUCGGUCCUUUCCAAAUCCCCAAAACAUUGUCUAAGUUUAAACGAGAAGAGGAAACGGAAUCCAUCCCCCUAUCUGAAUUUAGCUUCUUGGAAGUAGAAAUUCAAAAAGAACCAAAUACUGCCACCCCUGCCAAGAAGACUGAACCAGACCAACCCAAUUUCGAGACGGAGAUAUGGAAGCAUGAUGAAACAUAUAAACCCAUGAAAGAAGCAUCUAACGAUUUGGUUCAUAUUUCCGAUACAAAAAGGAAGGCAGAUGCCAAACUUAUGACAGCCAUAACCGGAGUAGAAAGACAACAAGGGGGAAAAUUCAAGCGAAACAGAAAACGGUGUUAUCCAUGA